UUCAGUGCCACUCCAACAGAAGACGGCUGGCACCGGAGCUGCCCCCCUUUUUUUCUGUUUUUUCUGCUGGGUAAGGGGGUUUAGAAACCUCACUGACCCAAGGCAAUUCUCUUUCUGUGAGCCCAUGAAGCUGUGGGACUGCAGGGACUUCAGAGAGGACGCACCGGGCUGCAGGGACAGGAUGAGGGAUUUAAACAUACAGAAAGCCCAUUAGUUUAUAACUUGAGUCAAAGCGGCUGUGAUCUGUGUGGGAAAUGUCCAUGCAGGGGUCUGUGCUGGCGGUGGGGAAAUGCCUCGCCUGCUUGGAGUACAUACUGUUUCCGGUGUGGCGAGGGAUCGGGGUCGGUAGUGGCGUCGGAGGCGGUUGGAGCCAGGGCUGGGGACGAUGCUUGCGAUGGGAGCCAGGCAGUCCAGGACAAGGGGCCCGGAUCCCGGUGUUUGACUACCCCGUCUGGGUUGUCCUCUGUCGUGGGGGACGAGCCAGACUCUGGGAAGUCUGUCAGAAAGGGAGAGGUGCCAUCAGACUGCCCACAGACAUGCUCAGCAUCAAGCUUCCCGAACUCUUUGACAUCCACCAGGUCCCCAAGGUGUUCAGGGAGGAUAGCAUCAUCUCUGGUUACCGUCACCCGCGGAGCUCGGCACUGGACUGCGUCCUCAGCAGCUUCCAGAUGACCAACGAGACGGUUAACAUCUGGACCCACUUCCUGCCAACAUGGUACUUCCUGUGGCGCUUCUGUGUCCUCUGCUCCACCAUGAACUUCCUGACCGACAGCUACACUUGGCCCCUGCUGGUGUAUAUGCUGCUCAUCUGCAUUUACCCCUUCACCUCCAGCUGCGCACACACCUUCAGCACCAUGUCCCCAGAGUCCCGCCAUAUCUGCUACUUCUUUGACUACGGAGCCCUCAGCCUCUACAGUUUGGGUUGUGCCAUGAGCUACGGAUACUACGUCAUGCCAGACUGCUGGGUGAACAGCUGGCUCCAUCAGCAUUUUGUCCCCAUUGCCAUUGGAAACACACUGUUCUGCACCAGCCUGUCCUGCUAUUCCAGAUUCCUCGAGCUGCAGUUCCCAAAGAGAAGUAAAGCUGUAAGGACCGGAGCGUUUAUCGUUCCUUUUAUAUUUGACACCAUUCCUCUGUUUUACAGGAUACUUCUGUGCUUGGGGGGAAACUGCAGCUCGAGUGACGCCUUGUCCAGUCACUGUUAUCACCUCCUCUUCGCCUUCCUCACCUGUUUCCUGUUCACCGCCCACCUCCCGGAGAGGUUGGCCCCGGGGCGCUUCGACUACUUUGGCCACAGCCACCAGCUCUUCCACAUCAGCGCCGUGGUGGGGACCCACUUCCAGAUGGAGGGCGUGAUGGCAGACAUGACGUCACGGCGGGCGUGGCUUCUGGGCCACGGAAUGAUGCCCUCCUUCCUGGGGACCAUCGGGGUGCUGGUUGCCAGCCUCGUCCUCAACCUGGGCAUCAUCGUCAUAUUCAGCGCCCCGUUGCUGUGGAAACGCUGCCGCACCUCCAACCAGCCACAACCAUCAAUGUGCGGGUGCAAGGGGCAGUGAGGGCGCGUUUUCCACCAACAGCCACAAAAUGGCUGACUCACUUUCCAAAGGAAAGGUUUGGGCUGUUUGUGUGUCUCAGUCUCAGCAGUGUGUGUUUGAGAUGACUAUUAACAGUUCACAGCAGUGCCCAUUUAACACCGGUAGUUUUCAGACUUUGAUACAUCAUGGUCAGUGCUAAAGGAUCUCUUUAACGCGGUUACACACCUAAAGUAUUCGCUCAUGUGUUUACACAGCAGCUGAGGACCCAGCCGUAUUUUACUGAAGCCUUUUUCUGAUGUUACAUUAAUCUCAAAUGUGAGAAAACAUGUACAAAAUGACUGUUUAAUUUAUUUUUAAUGUUCCUCAAUGUGCAUUAAAAAAGGCUCUGGGUUGAAGGAAGCAUGCUGUCGUUAACACAACACAAAAGUGCCUUAAUGUAGACCUACACUUCAUUUCUAAUGUUUACAGUAGUUUAUCAAACUGGAAACAUCUAAUGUCACAGGUGGCAGGGAUUAUAUUUACAAUUAAAGAUGCUUUUUGUUUCUUGCAUGUACUAGUCCAGGAUCUCCUUUACUUUAAUAAGGAUGUACUGAAAAUAUUCCCUGUAACUGGACCACCUGGUUAGUGCGGUUGUGCUGUGUGUGAAGGAGUCUUCAGCGUGGACGACCCUCAUUCAGCCCUACAUAAUAUAAUGCAGAUUGAGUUGCCGGCUCUUAUACAUCCACCUAUUGAUUCUGCUCUGCAUGGACUGGAAUUGAUUUGCAGGUCAUGUGGUUCUUUUUUUUUUUUCCCCUGAUUGCCUGCCUUAUUAUGAACCCCACAAUCUGCCCUCAACGGGAAGAGGGGGAAAGAGAAAAAAAAUGCUACAGCGCAGCGGUGAUUAAAAGACAGGUACCAUUUUUAUAACAGUGCGUUUCCACGGCAACGCUAUAGUGGCCUCAUGCCCCCUGAAGGUCUUGAACAAUUUUUCUAUGUUCUGAGCAAACAGCACCAUUUUCCUCUUGUUCUUCCAUCACGUCUCUCCUGAACAUUUAUCAUGUGCGAUAAAGCACUUAAAAAUCAGAGGCUUUAUUUAAAUUGUAUAAGCUUUUGCAUUUUUUUCCCAGUCCAGUUGAAUUUCCAGCACUUGUGGUUUAUUACUUAAGAGUUAAGAAACAGGAGAUAUGGCGAGGGGGGAGGGGGGUAUGUUUACUUAUAGUCUGGGGUUAUAUUAAUACAAGGGUCUUUUUAGUGUCGUAGUAUUAUGGUGCAUAUACGGUAUAACAAACCAGUAACACUCCUUAUUUACUGUGGUUAUCCUGUUGUCUCGUGAGACUGUUGUUACAUUUACCACUGAAAUAAUAAUUACAGAUUCAUAGUGUUGUAUUUUUAGGUGCAUAAACAGAGAGGAAUGUGAGUGUUUUUCAUUUCGGGGGAGAUCCAUAGUACCAUAGUUUAAGUAACUAUUACAGUUCUUGACAAAUUAAUAAUUCACAAAUUGCAAAUUUGUGAUUCAUUGUUUUCUUAAAACAAGUGAAAUAAAAAGAUUAUAUAACUUCAAAAGUUUUCUAAAAAAAAAAAAAAAAAAGUCUAUUAGAGCUGAGAUUAGUUUAUUCAUCAAUUUAGUUGAUUGACAGAAGGGUCUUGAUAUUAAAUUAAUAAUUCGACUCACAUUUUCGGGCAAAAAUGCCAAAUAUUUUCUCCUUACUGCCUCUUAUAUGCAUAUAUUAUAUAUUUGUAAAUUGAGUAUCUUUAGAUUUUGGCCUUCUUUGGGAAAAAACAGGGAGUGAAAUGGGCAUUUUCUCAGUUUUCUUUUUUUUAAUAGACAAAAACAAUUUAUUAAUUGAAGUAAUACCAGAAAAUUCUGAAAAAAGGGUCAAAUUAUCUGAUUUUUUUUUUCACUUGUUUUAAGAAAAUAAAACUUUUGGCUUUAAUUAUGGACAAAAACAACUUGAUAAUAUGCAUACAUUAGAUAAUUCUGUGAUGAUAUCAUGGUAGCAGGACUGUAUAUGCAGCCUGUGCUUAUUGUUUAGCUGGUUUCAAUGGGAAAGGGGGUGUCACAUUACUAAACUGUCGUAGCACUAACAUACUGUAGGUACAGAUUUCAGCUAUUCUCAUUUUACUUGACAAAUAGUUUAAAGGCUCAUUUGUGUAAAGCAAGUUUGAAAGCAUGUACGGCACAAAUUUACACCUAAUUCCACCAGUAACACGACGUGGUUAACACACACACACACACACUCACACACACUCACACAGACGUCUUUUAGCUGCGUUGGUUGAGGGGAAAAUGUAUGUGAUAUUAUGGGAGUGAGGUGUGUCACAGGUCCAUGUUGGAUGCUGAAGUAGAAAUGUUGGAUCCAGAAUGAAAGUGUAGUACCACAAUGAGCACACACACACAUGCACACACACUUUUGUAUUAGAGCAGGGGAGUUGUUUAGGAUGUUUUCAAGGUUAGUGUGCAGAGCAUAAAAAGUCACGUCAGCCUUUAUGUCGCAGACAAAACGGAGGAGUGUUUGCCCUCAGUGGGGUUUUUCACCGACUCUGUUUCUGUUUUAUCUCCACCCCUGCCGAGCGGGGAUCGAUUCUUUUAUUUUCUCCACAGUCAUCAUCUUACAGCAUUCCUCGAUUCGACCCUGUUGAUUCUUGGAAUUGCAUCAUUACUGGCUUCUGUUGUGGUUCUUUGUUAUCGACCCAAACUAGUUUGGAACUCAUUUAUUUCUGAGCUGCUGUUUUUGCUUUUUUUUUUGUCAUCUCACUCAUUCCCAGCCGUUUGGUGCCUGCACUGUUUUUUGACGAUGGAGAAGCUCAGAGAUGCAGAGGCUUCCACGUCAAAUAGAUCAAUGCUGAUGUUGCCUAUUUUGUAUUUUUUUUUUUUACAUUUAUUUAGACCAAAUUAUCAACCCAGGCCCAGAAAUUCUCCAGACCAGGUCACUGUUAAACCGUGUUGGUUUAUCCCUCAGUGGAAAUACAGAUUCAGGUUGUAAUUAUCAGGAAAACUGGGCACUUUUCUUAUAACGACCUCUGGAAAAAAAGAACAUAGCGCAUUGAAGGAUGUUUGAAAACGUGAAAUAGAGAGCAAAGACGAGUGCGGGACGAACCAUUUGAUACAACAAGAAUUCAAAACAGGGUUUGAAAGAGUCAUUGGUGCCUUUUUUUUAUAUGAUGCUGUUUGUUCCUUGUCUGUUUUAAAAAAAAAAAAAAGACAACAAACUACUUUUAAAAUGUAUUUGUUCUUUGCUGUGUAUAAUUUGUAAUUUGCUACUUUGUUCUACUAGACUUGUGUAAUAAAUUAAGCCUUUUAUAAGUGUAA